AUGACACUAUUGUAUUCCAUGAAAUGGUUGGCUGGUGAGCAUAAUGUAUAUUUAUACCCAGGAACUUACACUUUUACUGCAAAAGGUGGUUCUGGUGGCAAUUACACACGAAGUAAUUAUGAUUCACCAGCGCCAGGCAAAGGUGCCCUUAUCACAGGCACAUAUACUUUUGAAAGCAAUAGUAAAUCUGAAUUUCGAAUCGUUGUUGGUAGCGAUGCCUCCGGAAACACCGCCGGAACUCCAGAUGGAGGCAAAGGAGCUGUAUUCACAACAAGUGGCAUAACUGUAACGGCAGGCUCAGGUGGUGGUUCUAGUCGAAUCUCCCUUAAUGGAAAUCCUAUUAUUGUUGCCGCAGGUGGUUCAGGUGCAGGAUAUCGUGCAAUUGGAGCACCAGGUGGCUGCAGUGAUACCGUAUAUCACGUUAUUUAUACAAAUUACAAUUAUAACCUUGAAGCUGCUACAGCAUCACCAUCUAACACCGUUGAAUGUUCUUCCAAUGAAAAAGAUGGGAGAGCUCAAAAUCCUCCUGGCAGCGGUGGCGGUGGUGGCGAUCUCUGUGGAAAAGGAGGUAUCGAACCAAAUACAAAUGAUUAUGCACCUAAAGUUGGAUUUGGAGGUAAAUCGUAUAUGAUCAAUGGUUUCAGUUGUAACCAGGUCAUGAAACAGAAUCAGGUCCAAGCUUUGUACAAAUCACUCCUUUUCCAUGUGAUUCACCAUGCCAAAUCUGUUACUCAGACAAACAAUGUACUAAAUGUCCAGAUGGCAAAAUCUUAUCUGAUGGAAUAUGCAUUGAUAAUUGUCCACCAGGUUCAUCGAAUGUAG